GUCGACCGCUUCGCCGCCUAUAUACCCUCACACGCGCACAUCAUCGACAAAGCACCCGUGACCGACAUAAACACCGAAGGACUCAUGAUCGCCAUUGCCGGAGCGGUGGUGGCCGGUGCGGCAGCCGCAGCAGCGGUUCUUGUCUUGAGAUCGUCGCGCGACGACGACGACGACGUGAGGCCCGAAGGAGCCGUGGCGGCGGUGUGGCCAUCGCAAGAGUGCGCGGUGUGCCUGUCGGAGCUGGUGGCCGGGACGACGGGAGGAAGCUGUGACUCUGAGGUGCGGAUGCUGGCGGGGUGCGGGCACGGGUUCCACGAGGAGUGCAUCGGCAGGUGGUUGCCGCUGCGCCCCGAGUGCCCGCUCUGCCGCUGCCCCGUGCCGGUGCCGGAGGCGGAAGGUGAGUCCACGGAAGCCGCCGUGGUGGCUGUCGCGCCGCAGGCAGCCGCCUGGUCGCGGCCGGCGAGGAUUGCGUGCGGCUUCGGCGACGGGAGGGUGGUGUGGACGCGUAGCCCACCCACCGUCUUUGAUUAAAUUCCGUGUACGUAGUUGGGGAUCGAUUAGCGGGAGGCCAUGGCCAGCCAGGAAUCGAAGAGAGACGCCUGGUGUGCAUCGGUUUAUCAUUGGUGUGUGCACAUUGUUUGCGGAUUAUUAUUCGAAAUCGAUUCGAUGGAUUUUGUACGCGAGUCGAUCGCUGCACAGUGCUGAAGGUUGCCCGUCGGCGAAAUGCACGUCAUAGCUGUAUGAAUCAUGUGUGUAGUCUGUAUAUCGGCUUCCGUUUCGGGGGAAACAAAUGUGUGUAUGCCAAGAGUAAAAAUUAUUUUAGUUCCGAAUUAGGGAUUUGCUGCUUCUAAUUUUUAUACUUGCACGCCCAAUUACAGAUACUGUAAAUUUUACUCAUCUCCUAAUAUUUCGUA